AAGUAGCCCACAUUCUUGCCUUCCUCUGCCGUGUCGGAUAAACAAACACAAAAACCAAAACACAAAAAGUUCAACUGCUUUAUUUCACAUUGGAGACAAUUUAAUAGAUAUUAAAAAAUGAGUAAUAUAUACAUCCAGGAACCUCCGACCUACGGAAAGGUUCUACUGAAAACCACCGUAGGGGACAUAGACAUCGAACUCUGGUCGAAAGAGGCGCCGAAAGCAUGCCGCAAUUUCGUGCAGCUGUGUAUGGAAGGCUACUACAACGGCACAAUCUUCCACCGGAUCGUCAAGGAGUUCAUCGCUCAGGGCGGUGAUCCAACGGGAACGGGCGAGGGUGGUGAGUCCAUCUGGGGCCAGCCGUUCAAAGAUGAGUUCCACUCGAGGCUGCGCUUCUGCCGGCGCGGCCUCGUGGCCAUGGCCAACUCCGGCAAGGACGACAAUGGCUCUCAGUUCUUCUUCACGCUGGGCCCGACCCAGGAAUUGCAGAGUAAACACACCAUUUUCGGCAAAGUCACAGGAGAAACUGUGUACAACAUGCUCAAGCUGGCCGAUGGAGAUGUAGAUCAGAAUGAGCGGCCAGAGUUUCCUCAGAAAAUCACUAAAACCGUAAUACUAAACAAUCCGUUUGAUGACAUUGUGCCCAGGGUGCAGGAAAAGUCGAAGAGGAGGAAAAAAGAGAAGAAAGCAGGAGUGAAGGAUUUCAAGCUGCUCUCGUUCGGUGAGCAGGCUGAGGAGGAUGAAAUGGAAACUGAGAGGGAAAACAAGAAGUUUUCUGGCAAGAGCAAAUCGACGCAUGACCUGCUAGACGAUCCAAAAUUGAGCUCGCAGCCUGCAGUUGAGACUAAAUCUGGGGCCGAGGAGAGCGAUUCUGAUUUGAGCGGGGACGAAGAAACCAAGGACAAUGACGAUCAAAACAAUGAAGGCUUGAACAAAAUCAGGAGUAAACUUGCUGGAAAAAAGAGUGCAGGGCCAUCAGCACCAAAAAAAGCAAAAGUUGAGGAUGAUGAGCCAGACGUGGAGUAUGUUUUAGGUCAAGAUGAGCGAGAGGCUCGGAAAAAGAAAGCAGAGGCUUUGAGAGAGGAAUACGAUGCUUUGAGGAAGAGCAUGAAGAAACCCAAAGAAAAGGUAGUUGAGUCUGACGAAGGAGAAACGGAAAGCCAAGUAGUGAAAGAAUACAAAAAAGAAAAGGAAGAAUUUGAAUCUAAAAAGAAACAACUGCCUAAAAAAGGCCAUGACAGGGAGGCAUUUACCAUGGCUCUACUUUCAAAGUUUCAAAAGAAAUUGGGCCAAGUGAAAGAGACUGUAAACAGUGACGACGAGGAACAACAGCAGUCCGCACAGCCUACAAACGAGCCAGAUGUUGCUGAUUCUGAUUUUGGAAAAGAUGACGGACAGUGGAUGUCGCGAAAACUCCAGUUCCAACAGCUGGCUCCAAUUCUUGCUAAGGAUGCAAGCGCUAAAGAUGAUAAAGCUUCAGAUUGGUAUGACAUAAAUGACCCAAGGAAUCCAAUAAACCAGCGCAGGAGAGAAGGCCACAAGCAGUCAAGAAGCAAGUAAGAGGAGGCUGACAGUUUUGAUUCUGCAGGUACUGCAGAAAGCGUCCCAAAUUUUAUUUUAAUUAUUUAAGAGAUCUGUAAGUUAUUCUGCAGUGGUUCUCACGUCAUAGCAAUCCCCUAAAUCUGAUAUAAAAUAUUCUCUGUGUUAAAUUGAAGCUGCUUAUCAUCGGUUGAAAUUUUUGUCUGUUAUAAACUUGUUUUCGACGCGAUAAUUAAACUAAAUACAUUCAAAA